GAGAAGUGGAGGGCCUGAUGGCUUGAGCACAAAUCUGUUCCUUAGGGCACAGAUGGACUUGCUCCAGCGAGUUCUUUCUUAAUGCCCUGUGGUCUACCUUCAGCUGCAUUGUGGCAUAGUUAUCAAUACAGUCAUUUACAAAUAGAUGCUGAGCAUUUUCUGGGAUAUGGCCCUGGAUUCGAUGCAUGGAUGGAAAUGGAUUAAAGAAAAAAAGUCAAUUGUUUCGCCACUGAACACCUUCCAGGUCCCCAGCACCAAGCCUCACUCACAGGGGACACCAAGGAAGCAUAAGCUAUUGUCUCCUGACUCGGACUCCUCACUUGGACCCUGGCAGAGCAGAAUGGCAUGAGGCUGACCAGUCUGUGCCAGGGUCUUGCCCUCAUCCUGGUCCCUUGGAGAAGUAGCUGCACCUGUGUGCAGGAGGAGCUGGGCUAUUUGACAAGCGGGAAUCCUUUUUUCAUGUCCAGGGACAUGAUCACUGCUGUGGCACCUACCUGCGUGUGUGGCUUGAUCUGCUCAGUGUCUGCUCUGGGGCUCGUUCAGCGGUGGGAGCAUCCAUGGAAAUAGCCCAGUCAGGCAGAGCCAGAGCAGACUUAAAUGGUGGCAUCCUUUCAGCUGGCAGCCAGGAGACAGAGCCUUGAAUCAGCUUUAUAAUUUGAAAAUUGGUCUCUUUGCAUCGAGUGGUUAUUUUGUGUUAACAAAAGCCAUCAAGGACACAAUGCCGCCUGCCCUGCCUUCACGGCUCUACUCUGGAUUCAAAAUUAGAGAGCCAGAAAUGGAGGUUUUCCACUCCUGGGGUUCUUGGGUAGUUGUGCCACCUUGUUGUGGGCGACCCGGAGAUACAGAGUAUCAGGUCUGGGUGGGGAAACUGACUUAGAGAAGGGAGGUCCUGCUGGGUCGUGCAGUACAGCUUGCCUGGAGGCCAGCCCCAAGAGGCCACACCUGUCUCACUGUGUAUGGCUCUGUGUUCCCUGUGGCAGGGCCCUUGGUCAUGUCGCAGGGUAUAGGGAUGCUUGGAGCUGCCAGGACCAAAAUACUGAAGGUUGUUUUCUUGUCCUCUGGCUAGGGAGAGGUUGACAUUCCCUUUUUCCCCAUGGGCCUAUUCAUAUGAGCUUUCUCCAGAUGGUGUGCUCCAGAGAGGUCCUUGUGCUCUGGGAAUGGUUCACAAUAUAAAUAAGGUUCCAACUAUGGGAGCCCGCGCCCCGCUCAUGCCAACAUGAAUGCCAAUGCGGCCGCAGGACUGGCCCCUGAGCACAUCCCCACCCCGGGGGCGGCCCUGUCCUGGCAGGCAGCCAUCGACGCGGCCCGACAGGCCAAGCUGAUGGGCAGUGGUGGCAAUGCCACCGUCUCCACGAUCAGCUCCACACAGCGGAAGCGGCAGCAGUACGGAAAGCCCAAGAAGCAGGGCAGCACGACUGCCACACGCCCACCCCGGGCCCUGCUCUGCCUGACCCUGAAGAAUCCUAUCCGGAGGGCGUGCAUCAGCAUCGUGGAGUGGAAACCAUUUGAAAUAAUUAUUUUACUGACUAUUUUUGCCAAUUGUGUGGCCUUAGCGAUCUAUAUUCCCUUUCCAGAAGAUGAUUCCAACGCCACCAAUUCCAACCUGGAACGAGUGGAAUAUCUCUUUCUCAUAAUUUUUACUGUGGAAGCAUUUUUAAAAGUAAUAGCCUACGGACUUCUCUUUCACCCCAAUGCUUACCUCCGCAAUGGCUGGAAUUUACUAGAUUUUAUAAUUGUGGUUGUAGGGCUUUUUAGUGCAAUUUUAGAACAAGCAACCAAAGCAGACGGGGCCAAUGCUCUAGGAGGGAAGGGGGCUGGAUUUGAUGUGAAGGCGCUGAGGGCUUUCCGCGUGCUGCGCCCCUUGAGGCUGGUAUCUGGAGUGCCAAGUCUGCAGGUGGUCCUGAACUCCAUCAUCAAGGCCAUGGUCCCCCUGCUGCACAUCGCCCUGCUCGUGCUCUUCGUCAUCAUCAUCUACGCCAUCAUCGGCCUGGAGCUCUUCAUGGGCAAGAUGCACAAGACCUGCUACAACCAGGAGGGCAUCACAGAUGUCCCAGCAGAAGACGACCCUUCCCCUUGUGCAUUGGAGACCGGCCAUGGGCGGCAGUGCCAGAACGGCACGGUGUGCAGACCCGGCUGGGACGGGCCCAAGCAUGGCAUCACCAACUUCGACAACUUUGCCUUCGCCAUGCUGACGGUGUUCCAGUGCAUCACCAUGGAGGGCUGGACGGACGUGCUGUACUGGAUGCAGGACGCUAUGGGCUAUGAGUUACCCUGGGUGUACUUUGUCAGUCUGGUCAUCUUUGGAUCCUUUUUCGUUCUAAAUCUGGUUCUCGGUGUGUUGAGCGGAGAGUUUUCCAAAGAGAGGGAGAAGGCCAAGGCCCGGGGAGACUUCCAGAAGCUGCGGGAGAAGCAGCAGCUGGAAGAGGAUCUCAAAGGCUACCUGGACUGGAUCACCCAGGCAGAAGACAUCGACCCCGAGAACGAGGACGAAGGCAUGGAUGAGGAGAAGCCGCGAAACAUGAGCAUGCCCACCAGCGAGACCGAGUCUGUCAACACCGAGAACGUGGCUGGAGGCGACAUCGAGGGCGAGAACUGCGGGGCCAGGCUGGCCCACCGGAUCUCCAAAUCAAAGUUCAGCCGAUACUGGCGCCGAUGGAAUCGGUUCUGCAGAAGAAAGUGCCGUGCUGCAGUCAAGUCCAACGUCUUCUACUGGCUGGUGAUUUUCCUGGUCUUCCUGAACACACUCACCAUUGCCUCCGAGCACUACAACCAGCCCCACUGGCUGACGGAGGUCCAAGACACAGCCAACAAGGCCUUGCUGGCCCUGUUCACUGCGGAGAUGCUGCUGAAGAUGUACAGCCUGGGCCUGCAGGCCUACUUCGUGUCGCUCUUCAACCGCUUUGACUGCUUCAUCGUGUGCGGGGGCAUCCUGGAGACCAUACUGGUGGAGACCAAGGUCAUGUCUCCCUUGGGCAUCUCCGUGCUGAGAUGCGUCCGGCUGCUGAGGAUAUUUAAGAUCACAAGGUACUGGAAUUCCUUGAGCAACCUGGUGGCAUCCUUGCUCAACUCUGUGCGCUCCAUUGCCUCCCUGCUCCUUCUCCUCUUCCUCUUCAUCAUCAUCUUCUCCCUCCUGGGGAUGCAGCUCUUUGGAGGGAAGUUCAACUUUGAUGAGAUGCAGACCCGCAGAAGCACAUUUGACAACUUCCCCCAGUCCCUCCUCACUGUGUUUCAGAUCCUGACCGGGGAGGACUGGAAUUCGGUGAUGUAUGAUGGGAUCAUGGCUUAUGGCGGCCCCUCUUUUCCAGGGAUGUUAGUCUGUAUUUACUUCAUCAUCCUCUUCAUCUGUGGAAAUUAUAUCCUACUGAAUGUGUUCUUGGCCAUUGCUGUGGACAACCUGGCUGAUGCUGAGAGCCUCACAUCUGCCCAAAAGGAAGAGGAAGAAGAGAAGGAGAGGAAGAAGCUGGCCAGACCGGCCAGGACUGCCAGCCCAGAGAAGAAACAAGAGGUGGUGGAGCAGCCGGCCAUAGAGGAAGCCAAGGAGGAGAAGAUUGAGCUGAAAUCAAUUACGGCUGACGGAGAGUCUCCGCCCACCACCAAGAUCAACAUGGACGACCUCCAGCCCAGUGAAAAUGAGGAUAAGAGCCCCUACCCCAACCCAGAAACUGCAGAAGAGGAUGAGGAGGAGCCAGAGAUGCCUGUCGGCCCCCGUCCUCGACCGCUGUCUGAGCUGCACCUCAAGGAGAAGGCAGUGCCCAUGCCAGAAGCCAGCGCCUUCUUCAUCUUCAGCCCCAGCAACAGGUUUCGCCUCCAGUGCCACCGCAUCGUCAAUGACACGAUAUUCACCAACCUGAUCCUCUUCUUCAUCCUGCUCAGCAGCAUCUCCCUGGCCGCUGAGGACCCUGUCCAGCACACCUCCUUCAGGAACCACAUCCUAGGCAACGCAGACUAUGUCUUCACUGGCAUCUUCACCUUAGAGAUUAUCCUAAAGAUGACUGCUUACGGGGCCUUCCUGCACAAGGGCUCUUUCUGCCGGAACUACUUCAACAUCCUGGACUUGCUGGUGGUCAGCGUGUCCCUCAUCUCCUUUGGCAUACAGUCCAGCGCCAUCAACGUCGUGAAGAUCCUGCGAGUGCUGCGAGUGCUCAGGCCCCUGAGGGCCAUCAACAGGGCCAAGGGGCUAAAGCAUGUGGUCCAGUGUGUGUUUGUCGCCAUCCGGACCAUCGGGAACAUCGUGAUUGUCACCACACUGCUGCAGUUCAUGUUCGCCUGCAUUGGGGUCCAGCUCUUCAAGGGAAAGCUGUACACCUGCUCAGACAGCUCCAAGCAGACGGAGGCGGAAUGCAAGGGUAACUAUAUCACGUACAAGGACGGGGAGGUUGACCACCCCAUCAUCCAGCCCCGCAGCUGGGAGAACAGCAAGUUCGACUUCGACAAUGUCCUGGCAGCCAUGAUGGCCCUCUUCACGGUGUCAACCUUCGAGGGGUGGCCAGAGCUGCUGUACCGCUCCAUCGACUCGCACACAGAAGAUAAGGGCCCCAUCUACAACUACCGAGUGGAGAUCUCCAUCUUCUUCAUCAUCUACAUCAUCAUCAUCGCCUUCUUCAUGAUGAACAUCUUCGUUGGUUUCGUCAUCGUCACCUUCCAGGAGCAGGGCGAGCAGGAGUACAAGAACUGCGAGCUGGACAAGAACCAGCGACAGUGCGUGGAGUAUGCCCUCAAGGCCCGGCCCCUGCGGAGGUACAUCCCCAAGAACCAGCACCAGUACAAGGUGUGGUACGUGGUCAACUCCACCUACUUUGAGUACUUGAUGUUCGUCCUCAUCCUGCUCAACACCAUCUGCCUGGCCAUGCAGCACUACGGCCAGAGCUGCCUGUUCAAAAUCGCCAUGAACAUCCUCAACAUGCUUUUCACCGGCCUCUUCACCGUGGAGAUGAUCCUGAAGCUCAUUGCCUUCAAACCCAAGCACUAUUUCUGUGAUGCAUGGAAUACAUUUGACGCCUUGAUUGUUGUGGGUAGCAUUGUUGAUAUAGCAAUCACCGAGGUAAACCCAGCUGAACAUACCCAAUGCUCUCCCUCUAUGAACGCAGAGGAAAACUCCCGCAUCUCCAUCACCUUCUUCCGCCUGUUCCGGGUCAUGCGCCUGGUGAAGCUGCUGAGUCGAGGGGAGGGCAUCCGGACCCUGCUGUGGACCUUCAUCAAGUCCUUCCAGGCCCUGCCCUACGUGGCCCUGCUGAUUGUCAUGCUGUUCUUCAUCUACGCUGUGAUUGGCAUGCAGGUGUUUGGAAAAAUUGCCCUGAAUGACACCACAGAGAUCAACCGGAAUAACAACUUUCAGACCUUCCCUCAGGCUGUGCUGCUCCUCUUCAGGUGUGCCACCGGGGAGGCCUGGCAGGACAUCAUGCUGGCCUGCAUGCCAGGCAAGAAAUGUGCCCCGGAGUCCGAGCCCAGCAACAGCACAGAAGGUGAAGCUCCCUGCGGCAGCAGCUUUGCCGUCUUCUACUUCAUCAGCUUCUACAUGCUCUGUGCCUUCCUGAUCAUCAACCUCUUUGUAGCUGUCAUCAUGGACAACUUUGACUACCUGACAAGGGACUGGUCGAUCCUGGGUCCCCACCACCUGGAUGAAUUUAAAAGAAUCUGGGCAGAGUAUGACCCUGAAGCCAAGGGUCGUAUCAAACACCUAGAUGUGGUGACCCUGCUGCGGCGGAUUCAGCCCCCACUGGGCUUUGGGAAGCUGUGCCCUCACCGCGUGGCUUGCAAACGCCUGGUAUCCAUGAACAUGCCUCUGAACAGCGAUGGGACAGUCAUGUUCAAUGCCACCCUGUUUGCCCUGGUUAGGACAGCCCUGAGGAUCAAAACAGAAGGGAACCUAGAACAAGCCAACGAGGAGCUGCGUGCCAUCAUCAAGAAGAUCUGGAAGCGGACCAGCAUGAAGCUGCUGGACCAGGUGGUGCCCCCUGCAGGUGAUGAUGAGGUCACAGUUGGCAAGUUCUAUGCCACUUUCCUGAUCCAGGAGUACUUCCGGAAAUUCAAGAAGCGCAAAGAGCAAGGCCUUGUGGGCAAGCCCUCCCAGAGGAACGCCCUGUCCCUGCAGGCUGGCUUACGCACACUGCAUGACAUCGGGCCCGAGAUCCGCCGGGCCAUCUCUGGAGAUCUGACCGCUGAGGAAGAGCUGGACAAGGCCAUGAAAGAGGCCGUGUCUGCAGCUUCCGAAGACGACAUCUUCAGGAGGGCCGGUGGCCUGUUUGGCAACCACGUCAGCUACUACCAAAGCGACGGCCGGGGCGCCUUCCCUCAGACCUUCACCACCCAGCGCCCACUGCACAUCAACAAGGCGGGCAACAGCCAGGGUGACACCGAGUCACCCUCCCAUGAGAAACUGGUAGACUCCACCUUCACCCCCAGCAGCUACUCGUCCACUGGCUCCAACGCCAACAUCAACAAUGCCAACAACACCGCCCUGGGCCGCCUCCCCCGCCCUGCCGGCCACCCCAGCACCAUCAGCACCGUGGAGAGCCACGGGCCCCCCUUGUCCCCUGCCAUCCGGGUGCAGGAGGCAGCGUGGAAGUUCGGCGCCAAGAGGUGCCACUCCCGGGAGAGCCAGAUAGCCAUGGUGUGCUCAGAGGACUUGUCUCCCGACAGGACCUAUGACGUGAAGACGAGCGAAGACCUCGAGUCCUGCGGCGAGCCCAGCCUGCUCUCCGCAGAGAGGCUUUCCUACCAGGAUGAUGAAAAUCGACAGUUGACGCCCCCAGACGACAAGAGGGACAUCCGGCAGUCCCCGAAGAGGGGCUUCCUUCGCUCUGCCUCACUAGGUCGAAGGGCCUCCUUCCACCUGGAAUGUCUGAAACGACAGAAGAACCAAGGGGGAGACAUCUCUCAGAAGACAGUCCUGCCGCUACACCUGGUUCAUCAUCAGGCACUGGCAGUAGCUGGCCUGAGCCCCCUCCUCCAGAGAAGCCAUUCCCCCACCUCAGUCCCCAGGCCGUUUGCCACGCCCCCUGCCACCCCGGGCAGCCGUGGCUGGCCCCCACAGCCCAUCCCCACCCUGCGCCUGGAGGGGGCUGAGUCCAGCGAGAAGCUCAACAGCAGCUUCCCAUCCAUCCACUGCGGCUCCUGGGUUGAGGAGGCCGCUCCUGGUGGUGGGAGCAGCAGUGCCACCCGGAGGGCCCGGCCCGUCUCCCUCACAGUGCCCAGCCCAGCGGGGGCGCCGGGCAGGCAGUUCCACGGCAGUGCCAGCAGUCUGGUGGAAGCGGUCCUGAUUUCGGAAGGACUGGGGCAGUUCGCGCAGGACCCCAAGUUCCUCGAGGUGGCGACCCAGGAGCUGGCGGACGCCUGCGACCUGACGCUGGAGGAGAUGGAGAGCGCGGCCGACAACAUCCUCAGCGGGGGCGCGCGGCAGCGCCCCGACGGCGCCCUGGCGCCCUUCGCGAACUGCAGGGACGCGGGCCAGGCCCGGGCGGGCGCUGAGGGCGCCGAGGGCCGCGGCGCGCCGGGCGACGGGGAACUGCGCGGCGGCGGGCUGUGCGUCGGCGGCCUGUAGCCCGCGCCGGUGUCUCCGUGUCCCAUGGGUUCGUUUCAGAAGUGCCUCACUGUUCUCGUGACCUGGAGUUAACCGGAGCAGCGUCUCCUUCCACGUCUGUCGGGACAAGAGCAGAGCCGGCGCGGGCGGGCGGGCCGGCCCUCCUCGCCGCAUGCGCCCUGCCGAGCGGCGGCCCGCGGGAAGGACCGACGUCCCGCGGCCGUCUUUCACCCCGGCUUGGAAAACAUCACUCGCGCACCUUCCUAGCCUCGCCGUCUCCACGGAGCGGGCCCUGCGCCCUGGGCGCGGCGCGGGGAGCAGGGGCCCCGCAGGGCCGCCGCGCACUCCAGGCCGGCGGGCGGCGGGCGAGAGCUGGCGCCGCCCCGGGGAAGGGCCCGGCUCUCCACGACAGACGAGGUGGUGCUGAGCUUCUGUUGAGCGCUCUUUGGUUUGGUUUGACACUUUUCUUGACAGCAUGUUGCGGUUUUAAUUUUUUUGUGUGGUUUUUUGAUUUUUGUUUUUUUAAUUUUGUUUUCCCAGGGGGAGGAGAGGAAGAGGAGUAUUUACAAAGUCCUGUAGCCACCCAACCUCACUGUUUUCACUUUCCAAAUGCAAGUCAGUUUUGGUUUUACUGUAUUAUUUAAACGGUUGUGGUUUCCUUUUUCCAUGGAGGGGUCAAUAGGAGCCGUUAUAGGAAAGUUUUACCAGCCAUUGUGUAUGCUCAAUAAUUUGUUAUCAUUUCCUUAGGUAGUAGCCGUUUUUUCUGGUUUGGUUUGGUUUUGUAAUUUAAAGGUUCAGCAGUGCAGUUGAUACGCUCUUGCACGCAUGGGUGGUUGGGCUCGCUUCCUUGCCUUGCUGCGUGUACAGGUGGGUGCAGGAGAGAGCGCGAGACUCCGCGAGCACGUGUGGCCAGCGGGUUGUCCGUGCAUAUGUCCUGCGUGUGCACAGCACCCACACUGUGUGCCUGUGCACACCAACCAGUGUGCAUUCCCCUUUCUGGCUUAACUGCGGGGAGAUCCGAAUCUGGGGCCAUUUGAAAGCAAAAACAAACCACUGUCUCUGCUUCUGAAACGGGAAUCAGUAACUCUUUGCAUUUUCUGUCCCACAAGAUAUGCAAAAACAAUGCAAUAAUAUUCACUUUAAAAAUAUAAUUGUGAGUUGUGUUGGCAUUAAAACUGUAUUUAAGAAAACAGAAAUUUAAGGGAAAAACUCAAGAAAGCAUUUUGCUUCGAUAUAUUCCGUGUAAUGUUUUAUUGCAUUGAUAAUGUUUCUGUUGAAGAAACUGUUAUACUUGAAUUCAGGUCAGUUUCAGUAUUUUUCAAAUAUUUUUUUAAAACUGAAUUGCAAUUGUGCCAAGCGAAUAUAACGAAUUGAAUUAAGUUUGUUUUUGAAUUUCACUUCUUGUAUAUUUUGCUGCAUGUAAAGUAAAUCAUUUUGUAUUUGGAGUGUGACAAGCUUUACCUUUGACCUCUUAAGUGCUUUUCUAUAUGUGGUUGGGGGAAAGGGAAUGAUUUUUCUUUUAAUUUGUAGUGAUGAGCAAAAGUUCCACCAGUGUAAGUCAUGACUCCACAAACAGGUUUGGACAUUACUGUUUUGCAUAUCUUGUGUUUGCUUCCGUCCCCUCAGUUUUUCCAUAAUCAUCUGAUAGGUAUAUUCGUACCACAUUCUGCUUGAGAGACCAGGGCAUAUUUUACUGCAGUCUUUACUCCAUCCGUUCUGCUCUGGCUCUCCAAUUUGGUACUUCCCCAGGGAGAGCCCUUCACCGUGAGGGGUAGUAAGGCAUUCUGUCCAGCCUCCCUGUCACCAGCUGGUGGCAGUGCCCCCCACGGCAGCGGUGGCUGACUAUCCAUUGACUCCCAGGCACAGGCUUUUCUCACUGGUUUCCUCAGGAAAGUGUACACCGACCGGGAGGAUGAGAUUUAAGUUGGGCUGGUUCUGACAGCUGCUCUACCUAAACACAGACAGCAAGGGCUUGAGAAAGGCAGGCGGCUGAAACCUUGGUCCAUCUGAGCAUCACCUCUGCCACUCUCAUCCUCCGUCCCCAUCCCUUCCUCACUCUAGAGCAGACCUGCCCUGGUGUGUGUGGCCGCAGCGGGGUGGACAGGACAAGGGCAGAAGUGUCUGGAGGUCACCUUGGUGGUAGAAACAGAUUUUGUGGGGUUGUUUGCAACUGUCUGUGUGUGCCUGUUUGCAACUACCUAGAACAUCACCCUGUUGGUGCUGUGUCCUUCAAAUACAUUUCAACAGUGAUGGCUGAGAAGGAGCCACUUUGGGGGAAAUGGGACCCAGCCAUUCACCCAGAGCUUACCACUUGAAUCUCUUCCAGUCCCAGGGCUUCCUCGCCCCUCUUGUCACUUAUGUGAGCAAGCUAGAAAUUAAAGUAGGGGACAGUCCAUUCCUCAGUGACAGUGAGUUCUUUCAUGAAGAGAUUCAUGAAAAUGUGAACAAAUGUGUCGGAUACUCCCAGGUAAAUGCAGAGUCUAGAAACAGUUUCUUCAUGGUUCUCCAAGCCCAACCCAUCUAGACUUUCUUGGCCCAUUCUCAGUGUCAUCAGGUCUUCUAGAAAUUGACUUUAGGUUUCAUCCUUUGUCCAGUUUCCCUGAAUUUCUGCCACUGUGCUGCUAAGAUUCCAGGUACGAUGGACAGGGAGCCCUUUUGAACUGAUCCCUGGCUCUUGCUGUACAUUUGGCUUCUAGAUACAAAUGUGGAGUUUUGAUUGCACACAUACUCUCUCAGCCUUUCUGCCUUCUGUUUUCCCUUCGAACUUUUCAUCUGCAUCACCAGAUCUCACUGUCCAGUGGCCAGUGGUGUGGGCCACAAGCCAGGUUCAGGCCAGCUAUCCCAGGGUCCUGCCUGGCCAGCAUGGUCCCCUCACACCCACAGACUCCUUCUCCUCUGCAGACUCUGGCAAGCGAACCAGAGUAGCCGUCCUCCCCGCACCCUACAAACAUGGUGUCAGCCGCGACAAGGACACCUUGCCCUGUGCUGCUGCGAAGGAAGGAGGCGUGGGUGCGAGCUCCCUGUCCAGGGCAGUGGGUCUUUCCUAGCCUGACCUCCUGAUAGACGAGUGUAAGAUUCAUGUGUGAUGCCUGUCAUUGUGACACAUUGGUACAAUGAGUCAUCAAACUCGUGAACCACAUCCACAAUGCACUAAGUGAUGUCCACUCUCCACCUAAAAUGGAAUCUCACCUGUGGUGCUGUAAGACAUAGUUGUCAAAUCUUCAAUAGCUCUCCUGACAACCCGAGUGGCAAGAGAAAACAGCCAGUGGCUAAGGACCAAAAGGACUUGAAGAAAUGCAAUUCAGGGUCUGCAAUUUGGUGAACUUAAUUAUUAUUUGUCCUCUGACCAGCCCUGCCUCUUUUAUUUCCACACCUUGGUCAUGUAAUAUUUAUUCAUGUGCAUGGCCACAUUGAGCAGAAAGAUCUCUAGCUGUCUGCUUUCUGCCUGUUCCUAGAAGGUUCUUUUGGUCUUGUGGUAAAAAGAGGAGACUUUUUCCCAGGAUUUGGGUUGAUUCAUAAAUUUUUCCCUGCUUUGAUUCCAAAGCUAUUAGUUAUAGCUCCCUUCUGUCUUCUUAACCCAGUAGGCUUCUCUCUGGCUGGGAAAUCCAGUCAAAGGAACAGCUAUUCUCUCAUCCUCCCAUUUCCCUGGUUCCAAAUUUCAGGUGUUUGUCUAGAGUGAAAUUGCCAAUCACUUCCUCCCAGGCACCCUCCAUCCAGAACCCUCCUGGCCACGCAGCUGAAGGUAGUAAGGUGACCCCAGGAGGGGUCCACACCAAAGUUAAUAUCUUUUUGAGAAAUGAGAACACUCUGAAAAUGAGGAGUUUGGAAGUGAUCAAAAGGAUGAUGGUGGCUUUACAGAGGCUAGUUGACACAUGUCCAUCACUCGUAAAAGCAAAGAAAUAGAACAGGAAUUUAGAUUAGGGAUAGAGUAGAACCCUAGUAAUCAUGGUUUUUAGCCUCAUCAAACCAUAAUGGUAAAUGUUGUAAAAGAGGGUGAUGGCAUCUCCAUCCCCACAGGCCUCGAAUAACUGAAACACUAUUGUCAGGAGUUAGCAAUAAUUUGGCAAAGAGGCCAAGAAAAGGGCUGUCUGGCUUCCAGAAGACCUCUUUAAGCCCCAUGAGAGUCAAAAACUUGCUGUGAGAGUCUUGGCUUAUUCUGUUUUCCAAAGGGGACGUGGCUCUGGGAGAAUGUCAGCGCAGAGAGGCCUGGAGGGUAAGCAAGGGCGUGUUUUGACUCUGUAGGUGUCUGUUCUGUUCUAUGGAAAGACAGAUUCAGCUCAACCACCCGCAGCACGGCAGAGUGGCUGAUGCCCCAAGGAUCUACUUGGGAAGAUGAGAAAAACCUUUCAAUCUGGUGGUGUUUUCCCAGCCAAAGCCCCCACCUGGAAGGGCGUGGCAGGAGGUGGAGCCCUAACUGGCCACAGCGCGGCUGUGCUCACCCAGGUCCUGUUCUCCAGCCACUGUGUCUUAAGGAGCUGAAGGGGGAAGAUGAGAGGAAGGGGUGUCCUGCCAUUAUCGGGGACAGGGGCAUCUUCCCCCCAGGCAGACCUCCUUCUCCUGCUCCCCUCCCCCAGCCCUUCAAGAGGCCAGCUCGGUGCAAGGAGUCCCAUGUGCAGAUGCUGACAUAGUUUCUUUGUGAAGGCAUUUCUGGUUUUAACUUUAUUUAUGUAUUUAUUUUUAUUUCGAAGCAAUGAAAUGUUGCUUUACGGAGUCAGAUACCAAUAUACCAGGUAAAUGGGUUUCUGCCAGGUUUCUGCAUUGUUGGGGAGACACUUGAACAGCCCCCCACACCUCCACACACACACCCUUAGGGCCCGAGGGCUGGGGCUGAGCUCUAGGUAAGGGUGAGCUCUGUGCAGAGGACACAGAGAGAGAACCAGUGACCUCCUUGGGUGGAAACAGUGCCAUCGGAGCCAUUAUUAUUAUGAAGUAAAUAUUUGUUUACACUGAGAAAAUACUACUGCAACUAAAAUCAGCGCUUUUUCCUCAGAUGACUUUAAGAGGAUGGUCCACAGCACAUGAAGUGGUGAAGACCCUCGGUCUCUCCGCUGUGUCAGAGAAGGCUUCAGUCAGCCUCCAAAGGGUACUGGAGGUCGCAGCUGAACUCCUCAAGCACAACGAACUGGUUCGACACAGAGUAGAGUCAGAGUUGGGAUUUUCCAUGAACAUUCCCUCAAGUCUCUACUAACAAUAGGAAGACAAAGACUAGCUAAACAAGACAAAGACUAGCUAAAUAAACAACAGUUUGAAAUGUUAUACCUCCACUACUGGCCACUUCACAGGUGCACCCCCCUUUGUGGGGCAUCCUGUGCACGUCAAUUUUCAGAAUCUAAAUAAUUUGACUUUGUAGGGCUCCCACAAAGGGGAACAUGCCUUCACCUGGCAUAAAUCAAACAUGUACUGCAAAUUUGCCAUCUAAAAAUCACUCAUGCACCUAAAACCAAGGUCAUUAUCAGAGAAAGCUCUGGGUGGAAGAGGUUGCAGGUAUUAAGAGAGGGUAAUUUCUGGGUGAGGAAAUUCAGACAUGGACAGAGUGGCUCUUGGGGCUGCGUGAGCCCAGAGCCUCACUUACCGGUUUGUGAGUGGGGCGCGCCAGGAGCAGUGGCAGGCCCUGGGUGAGGGGCGGUUCACUUGCUGAGGGAACCUGAGGGCUGCAGGCUCCAAACUGCCUUGAUGACGUCCCUCCCGAGCCCUUAGCCAGGGGAAGGGAGAAGAGAAGGCUCUUUCCUGUAGAGUCGCAGGAGGAACAAAAGAGCACAGGUCACUGGGUCCUGUACCAAGCCCCCAACCCCGAGACUUCCCACAUGGAGAAACCAUACCAAUGUUUGAAAGGGAAAAUAAAACCUGAGAAUCAAGGGCAUAUGAUUUGUAAACACACAGUGCUGCAGAGAGCUUCUUCAGAAGGCAUCCAGCCACCCAAGGCUGUGGGCACGCUCCACUUUCACACGUCACACCACCCAGCACCCCUGCCCCCAGCCCCAACCGAGACUCCCCGCGGCGACCUCGCCACAGACGCCGCUGCCCUCUGCGUCCCGCCUGCCACAGCGCACGCUCUCCCCCGAGCCCUGGGACCAGCCUUGGCCCACACGGCCCACGGCAAGCCGAGGGGUGAGCAGGUGGGGCAGGUGUGCGAUGGCAGUGGGCAGGCACGGCUGUGGGACACGCACACACAGCCCGUUAAGAGACGGCGCGCGACUGAUCCCCGCUGGAAGCACUGGACUGUCUGUUACUCUCACAACACGCUGUUUUGUUUUAGCACGCCACAAUUAACAAGCAAAACUUUCCUCCACACAAAAGGCUCCUAACAAAGCUCCUCCAUCCUCCUCCCUUCAUGUCCCACUGCUUAGACACACCUUCACCCCCGAACCACUCUGUGUCCUGCCUGUUACAGAGGUGCAGAAGACGGACAGUGCCUCCGUUGUCACACACCUGCACACCCCACACCUCCCCUCCAGGCUCCACGACUUCACAGUCUUACUGUUGUAAAUACUGGUGUACAGUUUGUAAUCGUCGGAUAAUCCCGUCGUCAAAGGCCUCGCCUGCUGCGCCUUCUCACCCUCGAGAAAGGCCAGGGGAUCUAGAAGGGGCAACCUUUCGAGGAGAGCUUCAGGGUCAUCUCUGUGUGAGACACUAUUGUAUAUUCCUGUAAGAUUGCAUUUUUAUCCAAGGAAUGAUGUUAUUUAAAAAACAAACAAAAAAUACAAAAAACAAGAAUUGCAAAUAAAUUUCUUAACAAUGUC